GGUUCGGUUUGAAAUUCUGCGGAGGCCUAACGGCUCGUGCAGCUGCGACCGGGAGGGACGCCGCUGGUGCUUGCCGGGGGUUUCUGCGAUCGGCCCGCGUGGAGAAGGUCGGGGGCCUUGACGCCCGCCCGCUUGGAGCGUCCGUCAUGAGGAGAAGUGAGGUGCUGGCAGAGGAGUCCAUACUAUGUCUCCAGAAAGCCCUGAAUCACCUUCGGGAAAUAUGGGAAUUGAUUGGCAUUCCAGAGGACCAGCGGUUACAAAGAACUGAGGUUGUAAAGAAGCACAUCAAGGACCUCCUGGAUAUGAUGAUUGCUGAAGAGGAAAGCCUGAAGGAAAGACUUAUAAAAAGCAUAGCCGUCUGUCAAAAAGAACUGAACACUCUGUGCAGCGAGUUAAAUGUUGAGCCUUUUCAUGAAGAAGGAGAGACAACCAUCUUGCAACUAGAAAAGGAUUUGCGUACUCAGGUAGAACUGAGGAGAAAACAGAAAAAGGAGAGAAAACAAGAACUGAAAAUUCUUCAAGAACAAGAUCAAGAACUGUGUGAAAUUCUUUGCAUGCCCCAUUAUGAAAUCGACAGCACCUCAGUUCCCAGCUUAGAAGAGCUGAAUCAGUUUAGACAACAUGUGGCAACUUUGAGGGAAACAAAGGCAUCUAGGCGUGAGGAGUUUGUUAACAUAAAGAGACAAAUCAUACUGUGUAUGGAGGAAUUAGAGCACACUCCGGACACAAGCUUUGAAAGAGACGUGGUGUGUGAAGAUGAAGAAGCCUUCUGUUUAUCUCUGGAAAAUAUUGCAACACUACAGAAGUUGCUCCGGCAGCUGGAAGUGCGAAAAGCACAAAAUGAAGCAGUGUGUGAGGGGCUGCGUGCUCAGAUACGAGAGCUCUGGGAUAGGUUGCAAAUACCUGCAGAAGAAAGAGAAGCUGUGGCCACGGUUAUGACUGGGUCGAAGGCCAAGGUCCGGAAAGCGCUGCAGUUAGAAGUGGAUCGGUUGGAAGAACUAAAAAUGCAAAACAUGAAGAAGGUGAUCGAGGCAAUCCGAGUGGAGGUGGCGCAGCACUGGGACAAGUGUUUCUACAGCCAGGAGCAGAGGCAGGCGUUCGCCGCCUACUACUCGGAGGACUACACAGAAAAUCUGCUCCAGCUCCAUGAUGCCGAGAUCGUGCGGUUAAGAAACUACUAUGAGGUUCACAAAGAACUCUUUGAAGGUGUCCAGAAGUGGGAAGAAAGCUGGAGGCUUUUCUUAGAGUUUGAGAGAAAAGCUUCAGAUCCAAGUCGAUUUACAAAUCGUGGAGGAAAUCUUCUAAAAGAGGAAAAGCAGAGAGCCAAGCUCCAAAAAACACUCCCUAAGUUGGAAGAGGAGUUGAAAGCAAGAAUUGAAAUAUGGGAACAGGAGCAUUCAAAGGCAUUUGUGGUGAAUGGGCAGAAAUUCAUGCAGUACGUAACAGAACAGUGGGAGAUGCACCGGCUGGAGAAGGAGAGGGCCAAGCAGGAACGACAACUAAAGAACAAGAAGCAGACAGAGACAGAGAUGCUCUAUGGCAGUACUCCGCGAACACCCAACAAGCGGCGAGGACUGGCACCCAGCACUCCAGGCAAAGUGCGCAAGCUGAACACUACCACCAUGUCCAAUGCUACGGCCAACAGCAGCAUUCGGCCUGUCUUUUCGGGGACAGUCUACCGCUCCCCUGUGUCUCGACUUCCACCUUCUGGCAGCAAGCCAGUCAUCACUUCCACCUGUUCGGGGAAAAAAACACCCCGUGCCGUCAAGCAUGGAGCCAACAAGGAGAACCUGGAACUCAAUGGCAGCAUCCUCAGCGGUGGGUACCCUGACUCGGCCCCCCCACGGCGCAACUUCAGCAUUAAUUCUGUUGCCAGCACCUAUUCUGAGUUUGCGAAGGAUCCGUCCCUCUCUGACAGCUCCACUGUUGGGCUUCAGCGCGAACUUUCAAAGGCUUCCAAAUCUGAUGCUGCUUCCCGAAUCCUCAAUUCAACCAACAUCCAGUCCUGAGAAGCCCUGAUCAGUCACCCCUCUGAAGUUUUCUGUGCCUAAUUAUACAGGGUGGCUUUAAUGUUUCUUCAGUUUAGAUGCCUGAAAGCCUGGACACGUUCCAUUACCAUGAGUCUAACUGAGAGAAGUGAAUGAGUUACAGAUGAAAGUCUAUCAUAAGCUUAGUGUGUCCUCAGACAUUUGGUUUUAUUUUGACUCAAGAAAUACAUUAAAACUUAGUUCAUAGCAGUAAGUGUAAAUUUUAGCAUAUGGAACUUAAUUUCUUUUCCUGCCCCAUAAUUGUACUUGCUGAAGCAUGAUCAAGGGCUUGUUAUAUUUCAUCUUUAUGUAGGAAAAUGACUGUGUCCAUCCUUGGGGUAUGGGACAUGAAGCAGUUUUCUGUCUGUACACUUAUAAUUAGCAACUAACAUCUUUUUUGUUUAGGGAUGUUCACUUAAUGCUACAGCUUCAGUAGCUUUGCUCUCACCUAAAGGCCUGUCCCCACCACACAGGACAGCCUUCCUACUGAUGAAGAUGUCUGUGUGUCGGAAGUUGGGAUGGCCUGACUCACUGCCAAAGAGGUGACAGGGAGGCUGGGAGCACCUUUGUUCAACUGUGUACAGUUUUGUCAUAUGGGGUGAUGCUGUGGUCAGUGGGGGAGGGGGGGGUGUGUGUGUGUAUGAACACACGUGCUUGUCUGAACUCUACUCUCUGGGUCCAGCUCCCCCAUCCCGGCGCCCUGGUGCCUGAGUCCCUCCACCCUCUGCACUUGGUAGCCAAGUAGGGAGGCUGUUUGGUUGGCUGGGCCAUUCCUGUUCCUGUCGUGGAGACCUGGAACUUUGCACAUGUCAGUACUGGGGAGUUGUUCCUGCCGUAAUGUCCACGAUGAGGCUCCUUCUUUACCUACCCUAUCGAUCACUACUGCGCUCCCCAAAGCACUAUUAUUUAUUCUCCCUCUGCCUGCACCCCUACUACUGUCAGCACAGUAAAUGGUUCUUGGAAGCUUACAGGUGUGGAUUUGGUCUGUUAGUCAUGUGUAUACAUGUACUGAUUUUAAAAUAUAUUAAAUUAAAAUGUAUACUUAUAUUUCAGAAACAUAUAUUGUAGUGGUGUUUUCAUUGAUUUCCCAAUCACUUUUUGGUUGGUUUUUGUCUGAAAAACAGGACUAAAAGAACAUACAAGAAAUUUUUAGUCAGGAGCAUGAUUUUUACUUUGAGUGCUUCUAAAUUAAGAACAUCUCAUGUGCUGAGAAAAAGUUUUCUGAGAGAAAUAAAAAGCCUAACUCCCAAGUUUUCAUUGCUAGUCUCUGUGUACAGCUCUAUUUUUCUUUUGGGUAAAUACCUAGGAGUGAAAUGGCUGGAUCAUACAUAUGGUAGGUGUAUAUUUUAACUUUUUAAGAAACUGCCAGUCUGAUUUCCAAAGUGGAUGGCUUUACACUCUCAUGAUAUAUUAAGGUUCCAGUUUCUUCAUAUCUUCUGCAACACUUGGUAUGGUCAGUCUUUAUGAUUUUAGCCAUUUUAGUAGCUGUGAAAUAGUAUCUCAAUGUGGUUGUAAUUUGUAUUUUCCUAAUGAUGGUGUUUAACUUUUUUUUUAAAUUCUGUUUAACAUCUUUUCACGUGCUUCUCUGCCAUCAUUCUUCUCUGGUGAAGUACCUGCUGAGUUCAUUCUUUUUCAUACAGUACCCAGUUGUCCAGCACCAUUAACUAAAAAGCUAAACUUUAUCUCCUGUAAGUUUCUGUUCCACUCAUCUGUCUGUCCUGAUGACAGUACUACUGUUUUAAUUACGAGGAUUUAUAUGAACUUGUAAAAUCAGGUAAUGUUAACUUUCCAACUUUGUGCUUUUAAACAUCAUUUUGUCUGUUACAGGUCCUUUGCAUUUUUGUAUGAGUUUUAGGGGAAAAAGCUUGUCAAUUUCUACAGAAAAAUCUCGUAGAAUUUUUAUUGCCAUCACAUUGAACCUGUAGACCAACUGGGGGAGAACUAACAACCCACAAACAAGGCAUUUCUCUCCAUUUAUUUCGGUUUUCUUCUCAGCAGUAUUUUAUAGGUCACAUGUACAAAUAUUUCACAUCUUUGUCAGAUUUAUCCCUAAGUAUUUCAUAUCUUGAUGCUAUUGUAAAUGGUAUCUUUUAAUUAAAAUUUCUGGUUGUUACUUGGCUA